CCUCUUCUUUAAUUUUGUGUUGCACUAUAUUUACUGACACUCUCUUUUAAGGCCAAGCACAGUGCUUUCUCUCUAGGGUUCCCAAGUUUAAGCCAAAAUGAUCGUCGAGUCUCGUUCUGGAGUUGCCAUUCUCCUUUCGUUGUUGUUUAUCAAUGGCCUGGUAGUGGCUGAGGUUAGCGAGAAUGGGCUCGAGGAUGAGAAGCUCUUGUUUCACCACCCGCGGUUUUAUAAAGGAGCAGGUCUAGGGCAUGGGAUUUACCGGAAGGGCUUUAGGCAUGGAAGGUUUGGGAAACGUUUCGGAGGGGGAUACGGUGGCGGUGGUGGCCUUGGUGGCGGGGGAGGUCUAGGUGGUGGUGUGGGUGGAGGGUAUGGUGGAGGUGGCGGUCUAGGUGGUGGCCGUGGCCUAGGUGGUGGAGCAGGUGGUGGACUCGGUGGAGGUGCGGGUGGUGGAGGACUAGGCGGUGGUGGUGGGUUAGGCCAUGGUGGUGGCCUUGGUGGUGGGGGUGGUCUGGGGCAUGGUGGUGGCCUUGGUGGAGGUGGAGGUUUAGGCCAUGGUGGUGGCCUUGGCGGUGGUGGUGGUCUCGGGGGUGGUGGGGGACUUGGUGGAGGAGGCGGAGCCGGAGGAGGUGGAGGACUAGGUGGAGGAGCCGGAGGAGGUGGUGGCUUUGGUGGAGGUGCUGGUGGUGGUGGAGGCUUAGGAGGCAGUGCUGGUGGAGGUGCAGGCGGUGGUUUUGGUGGGGGCGCGGGUGGCGGCAGCGGACUUGGUGGUGGAUUCGGAGGCGGUGGAGGUUUUGGAGGGGGUGGUGGCGGCGGCUUCGGAGCCGGUGGUGGUGCUGGUAUUGGAGCUGGGGGAGGCCACUGAGAACGUUUCAUGAGCUCUGGUAUACACAUAUAUGCCAUCAAUGCCAUGAUAGUAACAUGGACGUAAUAUUAUAUAAUUUUGCAUUGUUUUAGAGUACUGUUAUCAUUUCGUGUUUGCUGUUGUAAUUCUUUGGUAACCUUCCUCUUUAAUGUCCUUUUGUUCCAAAAUAUAUAUUCAGUCCAAACACGGCAUAGGUCAAUUUACAUAUCAAAUGUGACCGUUAUCCGAUGGUUUAUGAAUAUAUGUAAAUGUUACUAUAUAACUGGUUAGGCAUUUGCCCUUGAUUUGAAGUUAA